CUGCCCAUUGGUCUCUGCCCCUCAUGGGAUGGCCAAUGGGCAAGGGACCAGUAUAAGGUGGGAACCGCCUGCCCCCAUGAGUACUGGGCUGCUGAGGACCAUCUCCUCCUCACUGCCACCCUGACUGCAGUCUGGCUCUGAGGCGCAGAUCCAGAUUCCAGGUCUCAGGAUGCUGUUGGUACGAGCUGUUCUCUUGCUACUAGUCCUGCCCAGUCGCGGCCAAGACACCACGACCAGAGAGCCGGGAGGCCUGAUUCCCCUGCCCAAGGGGGCCUGCCCAGGCUGGAUGGCAGGCAUCCCAGGGCAUCCAGGCCACAAUGGGAUCCCAGGCCGUGAUGGCAGAGAUGGCACCCCAGGGGAGAAGGGCGAGAAAGGAGAUUCAGGUCUUGCUGGUCCUAAGGGUGACAGUGGUGAAACUGGAGUGACUGGGGUUGAAGGUCCCCGAGGAUUUCCAGGAAUCCCGGGCAGGAAAGGAGAACCUGGAGAAAGCGCCUAUGUAUACCGCUCAGCAUUCAGUGUGGGACUGGAGACCCGGGUCACUGUCCCCAAUGUUCCCAUUCGCUUCACCAAAAUCUUCUAUAAUCAGCAAAACCACUACGAUGGCUCCACUGGCAAAUUCCACUGCAACAUUCCUGGGCUGUACUAUUUUUCCUACCAUAUCACAGUCUACUUGAAGGAUGUGAAGGUCAGCCUCUACAAGAAGGACAAGGCCGUGCUCUUCACCUAUGACCAGUACCAGGACAAGAACUUGGACCAGGCCUCUGGCUCUGUGCUUCUCUAUCUGGAGAUAGGUGACCAAGUCUGGCUCCAGGUGUAUGGGGAUGGAGAGAAUAAUGGGCUCUAUGCAGAUAAUGUCAACGACUCCACCUUCACAGGCUUCCUUCUCUACCAUGACACCAACUGGUCACCACUGACUUAGAGCUUUCACCAGGCCAAACAACCCAAAAGUCAAAUAACAGCCAUAGGUUUUCAGUGUAGUUAGGAGACUGAUUUCUUUAUGUAGUUGGAGGGCUCUGAACAUUAUCCACUCAGUUAUUCAUCAAAUACCUUUUUUAAAAAGUCACAUGCUAUGUUCCCAGUCUUGAAGAAGACAUGGCACCUGGCCUCAAAGAUCUGUUAUGUUGUGGCAAUUAAAAGAUAAUAACAUUUCCUGGGGAGUGUCACAUACGUGAUGAGAUAACUGACUGCAACAAAUUAUUUGAUGGUGCUAUUCUGUCCCAUUGCCUCUCCUCACGUUCAUGUCAAUUCUGUGAGAUACACAGGAAAGGUAUUAUUCUCUUUUUAUACUUGGGGGCCUGAGGUUGAGACAAUUAAGUGAAUGCCUAAGGUCAUAUUGGUAUUGAGUGGCAGAGCUUGAAAUCAAACCCAGGGCUCUAGACCUUUUCCACUGGAAUGUGCCCUUUUUGGGAGUGUGUGGCCUCUGGGGUAUUGGUAGGAGGUCUCUCACCCAGCUCACCUGAGGGCCUCUGAGUACGCCCUCAUCAUGAAUUAAGCCUUUCUGCAGUAGCGCUCCCUCAGAGAAGGUGGCUCUAUGGCAGUCUCAUUCCAGCUGGACUACUCAGUGCCCCUGUUCCACUCUGCGCUUCCUCUCCCCUGUGUCUCUCUCAUGUUCUUCUCUCUGGCCUGGGAAGCCAAACUCAUCUCCACAUGCUGAAUCCUCCCUUUCCUCAAAGCCACCGGUCAGGAAACUUCUCUGAUGUGAUACCUCUUUCAUGCAGCCCUUACUCACACACUGGAUGCCUGUGCCCCUCCAACUAUUCUCUUGGAUGAGGGUCCUGGGUAUGGGACAGACAUCUACCCACAGGGACAAGUUCCUGGAAAGGCCCGUGUUUCCUUCACCUCCGAGUAGCUUUGCAGGUCCUUGACAAAUGCCUCAUGGAGACCAAUCUUUCGAAUCUCACAUCUACCCAGAAUUAACUCCACUUUAGUCUUUCCAGAUCCUUAUCUACAAAAACUUUGUCAUUUUAGGAACUCCCUGAUUUUAAGCACCUAAUCUUUGUUCUACUGGAGAGUUUGAAUCUUUUCCACUGAAGUUAGAGAUGACUGCACUUUCCAGGUAAAGCAUUUUCCCUCAAGAAGUUAGCUUGAGCCUACAGUGCAAAACCUACAAAGGAAUUGGAAACCAUUGUUCUCUGAGUACCAAUAGGGUCUAGGAGGACGGGGCCUUUUGAAUCUAUUUUUGUUCUUUAAGAAUCACACACACACAAAAAAAGGAUAACGAUCUGAGGUGAUGGAUAUGCUAUUUUUUUUAACUUGCCUGUGGUGAUUAUUUCAUAAUGUAUAUGUAUAUCAAAUCAUCAAAAUAUACACUUAAAUAUAUAUAAUUUUUAACUGCCAAAUACGCUUCAAAAAAAAUUAAGAAUUAGAGGUGGUUGAUCAUUUCAAGAUACAUUAGCUUAAGUAAUGCUCUUCACGUUUUAGCAGAAGUAGAGUUAAUAGCAUUUUGUAUAAAUAUAGAAAUGGAAAACUUUCUUUGCCUGUGGUUUUAAAUUCUGAACAAUUCUGUUUUAUAUGCAAAUUGCUAUUCAUUAAGAGAUUAUUAUUUCCACAUAUAAAGCCUUGUCCUUUAAAAUGCCUGCAUGUCAUUAUUCUCUACAAGUAAAAGAUACUGUCCAGCAUUAAAAGUAGAAGCCUUUGUAUCACAAGGAUUUUGUUUUUAUUUUUGGGGAAAGACAUGGGUUUAGAAGGGGAUGACCUGGCAAACACUGUGUCAGUAAAAUCUAUGUUAUGAAUGAUAUUAUGAAUAACAGAAAACCCAACACAAAUAAAAAAGCACAUUGUCUUGCAUAAUGGAAAAUACCAGAGUUGUUCUGUCUUUAGGUAAGGCUUAAACCAGAUACUCAAAUGAUAUUAUCCAAGACCCUUUUCUGACUGUCCUUCCACUCUGCCUUCAACAGCUUCAGGCUUUACCCUCAGAUUCCAUAGAGUAUAGUUCUAGGAUCUUCCCUGUGAUAUCAAAAAGACUAGCCUGCCAGCUCUCAUACCCUCCCACCACACCAUCUGGCUAAAGGGACACCCUCUUUUUUUGCAGCUCCCAAGGAGGAGAGAGGAAGUUCUCUCCCCAAGAGGCCCCAGCAAGUAUGUCCUUGCAUCUCAUAGGUUCUGGUGGGGUUAUAUGUCCAAUCUCUGACCAAUCACUGGAGUCAGGAGGAGACUAUAUUUAUUGACUUAAGUUGAUUUUGGCUCAAGCUGGGGAAGGGGCAUUUUCCCUAAAGCAAAAUAUGGACACAGUUACCAGAAAUGGGAGGAUAGAUGAUGGAUGCAAAAAAAAAAAAUCUGUCCACAACAAACUCUUAAUCUUAUGCUUGAGUUUUCUCAGGUUUCUCAGAGAGAUAUUGCUUGAAAAUUACUCUUGAUUUCCUUUAAAAUUUCAACAAGUAGCUAAUGACUGGCCGUGCUUACAGUCCCACAUCUGGCGAGGGGGUGUAUGUUCACCAUGCUGGACAUGGUGCCACACUCACUCUAAGCUCUCUGGAGCAGGGUCACUUUGUGGCACAGAGAGGACCAAUCUAUAUAACACUCCCUGAGAGAAAUUAUGGCUAAGAGUUUAGGAUUAGGGCUCCACAAUGUUUUCAAGUAUAAUUGUGGAUUUGUCUAUUUCUCUUCAGUUCUGUCAGCUCUUGCUUCAUGUAUUUUGGAGCUCUCUUGUUAGGUACAUAUAUAUUUAGUAUCAUGUCUUCUUGGUGAAUUUACCCUUUUAUCAUUAUGUGAUAUAUUUCUUUCUCUCUGGUAAUUUCCCCUAUUCUGAUGUCUACUUAGAAAUUAAUAUAGUCACUCCAGCUUUCUUUUGAUUACUGUUUUCAUGGUAUCUUUUUCUGCCAUGUUACUUUAAAUCUAUCUAUAUUAUUAUAUUUAAAAAUGUGUUUUCUUAUAGACUGCAUGUAUUGGAGUUUUUGUCUGAUCUGAAAAUCUCUUUUAAUUGGUGUUUAAACAAUUUAUGUUAAAUAAAAUUGUUGCUAUGGUUGGA